UUGCCAUCAUGUUGCUGAUCCUACUUCCGCUAAUCCUAUAUAGUUCUUGUGCCUCCAGUCAGAUUCUGUAUCCUCCGCAGUUUACCAAAAAUCGCAUUGUGGGCGGCGAGGAGGCAGCCGAGGGCGUGGCACCUUACCAGAUUUCCCUGCAAGGAUUGUCAAGUGGAGCACAUUCCUGCGGUGGUGCGAUUAUCGAUGAGCGGUGGAUUAUAACGGCGGCUCACUGUACAAGAGGCAGACAUGCGGGGGCCUUUCGAGUCCUUACGGGUACCCAGGAUCUGCAGCAGAAUAGCUCGAAAUACUAUUAUCCCGAUAGUAUCGUGGAGCAUAGCAACUAUGCGCCUCGCAAGUAUCGCAAUGAUAUAGCUUUGCUGCAUCUGAACGAGUCGAUUGUAUUUGAUAAUGCCACCCAACCGGUGGAACUGGAUCAUGAGGCUUUAGUUCCUGGAUCCCGACUUCUGUUAACCGGCUGGGGAACCCUUUCCCUCGGCGGAGAUGUUCCCACCCGACUCCAAAGUCUGGAGGUGAACUACGUUCCCUUCGAGCAGUGUCGAGCGGCUCACGAUAAUAGCACUCGGGUGGAUAUUGGCCACGUUUGCACCUUCAAUGACAAGGGACGUGGAGCUUGCCACGGCGAUUCCGGUGGUCCUCUGGUGCACAAUGGCAAGCUAGUGGCUCUGGUCAAUUGGGGACUGCCCUGUGCCAAAGGAUAUCCUGACGCCCAUGCUUCAAUCGCUUACUAUCAUGACUUUAUACGCACUCACCUAAGUCUCUCUAAAAAGGACAGCUCCGAGGAUAAUCAGGAGGAGAUGGUUACUGUAUAAGAUUAUUGCC